AACCAACUUAUCUGAUCACUUCAAUUUAUUCCUCACAAUUAUAAGCUGUGGUCCAUUUGAUUAAUUAAGUAAUCCCUAUAUAAUGGCCGGUCAAGUCGCCACCGGUCCACCUUCCAGGCCGUCUGGCUUGGUCCGUUGCAUUGCCCUCAUCCUUCUCUCAUUAAUUGUGGUCGCGGGCUUGACCGUGCUCAUCGUGUGGCUAGCCGUCAAGCCCAAGAAGCUCGUCUAUUCGGUAGAGGAUGCAUUAAUCAAGGGCUACAACUUGACUAAUGACAAUCAUCUCAAUGCUUCCAUUAGCUUUCAUUUGAGGGCUUAUAAUCCCAAUUCCAAAGUCUCCAUUUACUAUGAUAAGAUAGAUGCCUCUGUCUAUUAUGAUGAUGAGAUUUUGGCUUCUACUACUUUAAGCCCAUUUUACCAACCUCAUAGGAAUGUAACUCGUCUUGGUUUGGGCUUUGUGGCCCAACAAGUUGGGCUUUAUAGCAAUGUGGCCCAAGAUUUGAAGCUCGAGAGGACAUCGGGAGAGGUCGAACUUGAUGUCAAAAUUAGGGCUAGGAUAAGGCUUAAGGUCGGAAUUUGGAAGUCAAGACAUCGGACAUUGAAGAUUACGUGUUCUCCCGUGGUGAUCAACUUUUCUAAGGCAGAGAAAUUCGAGAGAACAUCAUGUGACGUGGACUUGUGAUGAUUUGGUGGCGUCAACAUGGUACAAAAAGAAAUUAUUUUCCUUUCCAAUUGUUUGUUUUGUGAAUUUACGAAUUUGCUCAAGUUGGUUUGAUCAUUUGAUUCUUCAAAUGUUUGUUUUUUAAUUUUAUUUUUAAUGUGGGGUGGUUUGAAGGUCACUAAUUAAUGAAUGAUGUAUUAUUUUAUUUAUUAUUUAAUAAUGUUAUAAAGAUUCUCG